AUGGCGGCGGUCACGAUUUUGCCAGUUAUCGGAUUUUACACCACCGGUUUCCUCGGGUUUCUUGGAUUCACGGGGAGGUUGCAAUUGCUUUUUGGAAGUUUUCUUGACAUUUGCGAUUCUCGUGAAUGUUUUCUCCUGGAUCAAUUUGGAUUGCAGAUCAUUUCUUAUGGAUUGGGCUUUCAAUUUCUCACUGCUACAGUGAAUUCAGUGAUCGUUCUUGGCUCAACCGCUUACGUUCUUCAAUUUAAAUGCUCACAUAUGAGUGCUCGAACGAGAUAUUUACAGAAGAAAGUCUUCCUCACAAUGAAUGUACAAAUUGGCACCGCCGUUCUCCUAAUGUUUAUGCCACCAUUUAUACUAAUUUUUCGAUACCUUGUCACUGGAAAUUUGUUCAUUGAUUCGGCUGUCUCUAGCAUGGUUCAAAUCAUUUUCUCGAGUCACGGAAUCGGCAGUAAUCUCUGCAUCUUGGCUCUCUACGAUCCGUAUCGAAAAUUCUGGGUCGAGUUCAAAGAUGAACCACGUUCACACUCACAAGAUUCGAAGCCCAAAGAAAUGAAAACGUUGAAACACGACUUGGACCAAUAUUUCACCAAAUGGGAUUUGAGGAAGAAUAUUGACGAAGCCAAAGAUCGGAUAGUGAACAACGAGGCCACCAAAUCCAACGAGAAUGCCCUUGUGAAAGUGAAAACUCUUGAGCCUACAUCAAAA